UAAAUAACCAAAUUUUAAUAUCAAAAUGGUGUCUGGCUUGAGGUGACCACAUGUGUGACGAUAAAAUGGCAUCUGAACUGAUAGAAGAGAACAAGGUAGUCCUGCUACACGUUAAAGAUAUAUACAAACCAAUCCGGCUGGUCAAACGAAGGAAAAUUAAAUUUGACAAGAUAUCAUUUGUACCUGAUGCUGCCAUUGGCCUUCCUUAUGGCAGCGAGUUUGAAGUAGCACGGGGCAACCUGAUACUGGUGAAGGAGGAGGAGCGGAGAGGAGAAGAAGGAACAAUAUCACAACUGACAGAGGUGGCAGUAGUUGAAUCUGCUAAGGAUAACAGGUUGAUUGUUGAUGAUGGUUUGUCACAGAAACUGUCUCAUGAGGAAAUUCAUCAAAUGAAAAAGGAUGGAAUGAGCGGUCAGGAAAUAUUGGAGUCAGUUGUACAGGGUAGUUCAUCUUUUAAAGAUCGAACAAAAUUCUCUCAAGAAAAGUAUGUCAAGAAGAAAUAUAAGAGACACAGUCAUGUUUUGAGUAUCAUUAAACCAACCACUCGUCUUAUUGCGCAAUACUAUUAUGCCAAAGGUCCUUCAAAAAUAUGUCACCUCAGACUGGACAUGUUAUCCCAAAUACUGACCCUCGGGAACGUACACGCCCACUCAAGGAUCGUCGUCAUGGAAACGUGUCAAGGCCUCCUGACAGGAGCAGUUCUGGAAAGACUUGGAGGGUGUGGUCAAGUUGUUCAAGUGUUUUUCGGAGACAAGCCAGUGAGAGAUGCUUUAGAUGUCUUUGCUCACCUGAGUGAGAGAGAGAGGUCGGUCUUGCUUGAGUACCCACUCCACAGGCUGGGCCAGUUGCUGACUGGAGAGGGAGGGAAAGAGAUUGAGCUACAGCUGCCACCUGGAGCACCACUAGAGGAUGAUACUGAAAACAAUGAAGGAUCAUCAACCAGAGGAGAGGAUAUCAGAGAGGAAGAUGAUGAUGAGUUUGAGGAUGAAGAGGAAGAAUGUGGAGCUGCUAAGAAAAGACGCAUCGAAGAAGAACCAGCUGGACCUUUACCACUGGCUCCUACUAAUGAGGAUGAGGAGAAGGAGAGGAGGAGGAGGGAGAGGGAACUCCUGUAUGAAGGAGCAGCUGCUGUUCUGAAUGAGAGGAACAUGGACGGGCUGUUAAUAGCUUGCAGGUUUUAUCCUGAACCUAUUUUAAUGUCUUUAAUUAAUUUCAUUGGUCCUUCUCGACCAGUCGUAGUGUAUAGUCAGUUUCAAGAGCCGUUGGUUCGGUGUUACCAGAAGCUUAAGGAAAGUGAAAGCGGAACUGCUUUCAACAUUCAACUGUCAGAAACAUGGCUAAGGCACUAUCAGGUAUUAUCUGGUAGGACUCACCCAGCUGUCAGUAUGGAUGGUCAAAGUGGAUAUUUACUUUAUUUUACAACUAUCUCAAAUAUUAAUUAAAAUGGUGAUAUUAAAGUUUUAUUUUUUUCUUUAC